UUAGGGAAAAAGUCGCGAAAGAAGCAAGAAAUUCGAGCGCGAGGAAAAAAAAUCGAGCGCGAGGAAAAAAAAUUGAGCGCGAAUUUCGGUCAAUGCAAGUCGUCUUACUAAUUCUCUAUAGGACGUUUCGUGAAUCUUACACACCCGAAUGAACGUGAGACUUCUAAUAUUAAUAGAUCAGCAGCUCAUCAUCAUCUUCUAAAGGAUUACUAGCAAUGACUUUCCAUUUUCACAUAUUAAGUUAUUAACAGGGAUUCAAGCAGCCAUGGAGUCAACCAUACCAAUCAUCGACUUAAGCGCCAUGUGUUUGGGGAAAACAGCUGAAUCGUCCACCGCAUUAGAAAUCAGACAGCUCGCAGAUGAAAUAUACAGGGCUUUCUGUACGGUUGGAUUCGUUUAUAUUAAAAACCACGGUAUUCCACGGGAAAAGAUUGACAAAGUUUUCAAGUUAUGUGAUGAGUUUUUCCAACUGGAUCCUACUGUGAAGCAGAAAUAUGCGAGACCGGCCAGUGGUAGUGGUCAUGGAUGGGUGGCAUUUGAGAGAGAAAAAGUUAGUCCAGACAGACCUGCUGAUCACAAGGAAGCCUUUAACAUAACAGAGCCUCAAACUCAUCAGCGUGCAUGGCCAGAUGAUGAAGUACCAAAUUUCCAAAAUGAGAUUGCCUCCUUCUUCGAUAUCUGUGUUGACCUGUCUUUGAAAAUCCUUCACAUCAUGGCACUUGGGCUGCAACUUGAGGAUCCAGAUGUUUUUACAAACACUCACAAGAUAAUGGCCAGUUCUAAGAACUGCACCACCUUACGACUGUUACACUACCCAUGCCUUCCUGAUGACAAGAUAAUUAAACCAGGACAAAUCCGCUGUGGAGAACACACUGAUUAUGGAUCAAUCACUCUCCUCUUUCAAGAUAACAUGCCGGGACUUGAGGUCUUACCUCUUGGAUGUUCAGAGUAUGUACCUGCCCCUCCCCUCCCAGGAGCAAUAGUGGUCAAUGUAGCAGACCUCAUGCAGAGGUGGACUGGUGACCGGCUGAAGUCAACGCGCCAUCGAGUUUCCAUUCCAUCAGAAGAGUGUCACCGGCGCGUUCCGAGACGUUCUUUAGCCUUUUUUGUCCACCCCGAUGACGACACGGUGAUUGAAUGUCUUGAUGGAUCUCAGAAGUAUCCUCCAAUAACGGCCUAUGAUUACCUAUGGCAACGGCUCAAAGCGACUUACGAAUACUGAAAUAGUUCACAAGAUUUUGGAUACCAGGAGGUGAUUGAAACCAGUAACUGAUUGUGUUCGUCAUGUCAGGUUCGAUUUGUAGAAGACUGAAGCAUACCGGCAAUAGAGAAAGGAGUGG